AUUCUGGGGUUUUCUCCUAAAAUAUUUUUGAUUUAUUUAAAAUGUCAGAUUUUCUUUUGAAUACACGCACAACAUAGGUUAACAUUAAAAUAAUAUGUUUAGAUUAUUCUGAUGAGAACAGGGUGAAUAGAGUUCUGCUGAUAUCGACUCCAGCUCAGAGCUGGACUGUGCAGCCAACGACUUCCUGCUUUAAUCUUCUUAUUAACUUCAUUGGUUGACUAUGUCCUUCUGGUUAGUGCUAGCUAAAUCCUAGGAUCUGCAGUUUAGUUACUACUGAAGAGAAAGUCCUCUGUCCCUAUGUUAACGAAAGGGAAAAAAUAUUUGUGUAUCGUCCUGUGAUUCGGGCUCCAAACUGUACCAGGUUCUUCCACCAAGUUUCAUGAAAAUCAGAGCAAUAGUUUUACUGUAAUCCUGCUGACAAACAAUAAAACAGACAGACAAACCUAAAAAAAAACAUAACCUCCUGGUGGAGGUAAUAAACCCCUCACUAGAGGGUACACUGUAGAGCAGGGGUCGGGAACCUAUGGCUCUUUCGAUGACGCAAUAUGGCCCGCAGACAAUUUUGAGCUGACAUUUUUUAACAUGAUUAACAAGUAAUAAAUCAAAACCUCCGGUUAUGGCGGCUCGCUAGGAAGAUGCGCCAUGGGUUUCAUAAUGUCAGGAGGGUACUGAACAUUCUACAUAGCCAAAAGGAAAUGCCAGAUACUGCUCUCUUAUCGUUAGAUGCCGAGAAGGCAUUCGAUAGGGUCGAAUGGCCAUAUCUUUUUGAUGUCCUCGAACGCUUUGGAUGUGGUCAUUUUUUUUGUAAAUGGGUUAAAUUGUUGUACACUAACCCUGUUGCAGAAAUACUUACAAAUAAUACAACCUCGAAACAAAUUAAGAUCCACAAGGGGUGCCGUCAGGGGUGUCCUCUAUCACCACUUUUGUUUAUAAUGGCAAUAGAACCGCUGGCCAUACCUGUUCGGUCUCAUCCAAAGAUCUCUGGUAUAACUAUAGGUCAAACGGACCACCGCUUAGCUUUAUAUGCUGAUGACGUCAUAGUGUUUCUCAGGGAGUUGGAGAGAUCAAUUCCAGUAUUAUUAGAAGUGAUAGGAAAAUUUGGUGAAUUUUCCGGUUACAAAAUUAAUCAUUCCAAAUCUUCCAUGUUAUUAAAUUCCAAAGAGAGAAGUAGUCCGACUGCAACAGUCUCCCAGUUUAAAGUUGCAGAUAAUUUUACAUAUUUGGGUGUAAAAAUAGUGCCCAAUAUAACAAAUGUGGUGAAUUCUAAUUACGAUCCUAUUAUGGAGUCAAUUACCAGCACAAUUGAUAGAGGGAAGCCUAUGUCGAUCUCCUAAAUUGAGAUAAUUAAUAUAUUAAAAAUGAACAUACUCCCCAAGUUGCUGUAUCUAUUCCAAAACAUCCCCCUGCCUCCCCCUCCAAACUUAUUUUCAAAGUUAAGGAAAUCAUUUUUUAUUUUUUUGUGGAACAACAAACGAGCCCGCUUGCGCUUAACCCUCCUGUAUAUGCCCUAUGAUAGAGGGGGCCUUGCGUGUCCUAAUCCUCUCUGGUACUACUGGGCAACUCAGUUAAGGACUACUAUGUUUUAUUUUGCAAACGACAACCUCCCUGCCUGGAGAGAGAUGGAGUGCCAAUUUUUAGAGCUACCUCUUCCCAUAUAUUUGUACUCAACUAGUCUUAAGAAACGUAUAAAAAAACCCACUAAACCUAUUACUAGGAACAUGAUUAGAGUCUGGCAUGAAGUGAGGAAGUACUUGGGCGAGCCCCUUUCUCGCUCACGUUCUAGUCCAAUUUGGGGAAAUGAUGACUUCACUCCAGGCAGAGCUGAUAGUGGGUUUAAUCUUUGGUCAGAUAAGGGUGUACAGAAAAUUCAGGAUCUAUAUAGGCUCAAUGAUGAUAAACUGAUGUCGUUUGAAGAGCUUGCAAGUAAACACAACAUUCCACAGAAACAUUUUUUGCUUAUAUCUGCGUCACCUGAGUCCUCCGAAGCGAAACUUAAAAAUUGGAGGGAGGAUUUGCAAGAAGACCUUUCAAUUGAUGAGUGGGAAGGUGCCUGCAAGAAAGCGCAAUCACAAACAGCGAAUACCCGUCUUAAGCUCUUACAAUAUAACUGGCUAAUGCGUACAUAUAUUACUCCAGAAAUGCUAAACAAAUUUAAUGGUAAUAUCCCAGACUUAUGUUUUCAAAUGUGGACAAUCCAAGGGAACGUUCUUCCAUUGUGUUUGGGAGUGUACCAAGAUAAAAACGUUUUGGGAGGAUGUUAAAUGUAUGAUAGAAGAGAUUUUAUCAUUGCAGUUAAGCAUGGAGCCCAGGCUUUUUUUGUUAGGGUGUUACCCAAAAGAACACAACAUAAGGAAGAAAGAACAAAUCUUUUUAAAUCUCUGUCUUCUACAGGCAAAACGCAUGAUAGCACUUUCAUGGAAAAAUGUAAACAGUCCAAGUAUUGGUAAAUGGCUAAAAGAAUUGUCUGCAUGUGUCUCAUUAGAGAAAAUAACCUAUUCAAUUAAAGGAAAACAAGAACUAUUUAAAAAAGUAUGGGCCCCGUUCCUUAACUAUCUGGAAC